GGUUCUUUUGUGGAACUUUCCUUUGGAAUAUUUUCAUAAUGAGUCAACAAGGUUAUGUGGCCACACCACCCUAUUCUCAGUCCCAGCCAGGAAUAGACUCCCCACCUCAUUAUGGGCACUAUGGGGAUCCUUCCCAUGCAACUUCACCACCAGGUGUGAUGAAGCCAGUCGGGGGCCUGGGGGCUGCUGCCCCUGGGGUGAUGGCAUCUCCUGGUCCACCACCCCCUGGGCUGCAACAUCUAGGCCAGAAUGGAGCUCAUGCCUCAGGUCAUUCUCCCCAAAGGUUUCCAGGCCCUCCACCUGUCAACAGCACGGCACCCUCCUAUGCACAGCACCAGCCCUGUACACAGUCAUCGUAUCCAAGUCCUGUGUCCACUUCAUCUGUCGCCCACCUGGGCAGUCAGCUCAGUCAACUGCAAAUCAACAACUACGGUUCAGGGGUGCCUCCCCCAAGCCAGGGGCCCCCUGGCCCUCCGCCAGCAGCCUCCUUCCAGGCUCCUCCGCGACCUCUACAGACGUCCAUUUUGCAGCCUGGAUCCCAGGUUCUCCCACCGCCCCCAACCACGCUGAAUGGCCCUGGUGCCUCAUCACUGUCUCCACCAGGGCCCAGGCAGGAUGGGCUCCCUGGACCACCACCUCUGGGCGCCCAGUACCAGCCCCCGCCUCCGCCAGGCCCUGCACUGGGUGUUGGCUAUCCUCCUCCUCCGCAUCAGGCCCACUAUGGCCCGCAGAUGGCAGGCACGCAGCUCUCCUACUCAGGAGGCUUUGCUGGGGGUGCUGCGCAGAUGGCUGGGCCACCCCCGCCCCCGAAGAAGCUGGAUCCAGACUCCAUCCCCAGCCCUAUCCAGGUGAUCGAGAGUGACAGAGCUACGAGAGGGGGACAAGUUUAUGCCACCAACACCAGGGGCCAGGUGCCUCCUCUGGUCACCACAGACUGUGUGAUACAAGACCAAGGCAAUGCUAGCCCUCGUUACAUCCGCUGUACUACAUACUGUUUCCCGUGCACAUCAGAUAUGGCUAAACAGGCCCAGAUUCCUCUAGCUGCUGUCAUCAAACCCUUUGCCACAAUUCCUUCAAAUGAGACUCCCCUUUACUUGGUAAAUCAUGGAGAGAAUGGACCAGUCAGAUGUAACAGGUGCAAGGCCUACAUGUGCCCGUUCAUGCAGUUCAUCGAGGGAGGACGGAGGUACCAGUGUGGGUUUUGCAGCUGUGUGAAUGAUGUUCCACCAUUCUAUUUCCAACAUCUGGACCACAUUGGAAGAAGACUGGACCACUAUGAGAAGCCUGAGUUAUCUCUAGGAUCGUAUGAGUUUGUUGCUACUUUGGAUUACUGCAGAAAAAAUAAGCCUCCCAGCCCACCAGCCUUUAUCUUCAUGAUUGAUGUUUCAUAUAGUAACAUAAAGAAUGGACUUGUCAAGCUCAUAUGUGAAGAAUUGAAGACUGUACUGGAAAAACUGCCAAAGGAGGAACAAGAAGAGACAUCUGCAAUCCGAGUUGGUUUUAUCACAUACAACAAAGUUCUCCAUUUCUUCAACGUGAAGAGUAAUCUGGCCCAGCCCCAGAUGUUGGUGGUGACUGAUGUUGGGGAGGUCUUCGUUCCAUUGCUGGAUGGAUUCCUUGUCAACUACCAAGAAUCUCAGUCUGUGAUUCACAAUUUAUUGGACCAGAUUCCAGAGUUGUUUGCAGACUCUAACGAAAAUGAGACUGUCUUUGUUCCCGUCAUCCAGGCUGGCAUGGAAGCAUUAAAGGAAGCAGAAUGUCCUGGGAAGCUGUACAUCUUCCAUUCCUCCUUGCCAACUGCUGAAGCACCAGGGAAGCUCAAGAACAGAGAUGACAAAAAAUUGGUUAAUACAGACAAAGAGAAGAUACUUUUCCAGCCCCAGACAAGUGUGUAUGACUCCCUGGCCAAGGACUGUGUGACGCAUGGCUGCUCCGUGACCAUCUUUCUCUUCCCCAGCCAGUAUGUGGAUGUGGCAUCUCUGGGGCUUGUCCCUCAGCUCACUGGAGGAACUCUUUACAAAUACAACAAUUUCCAGAUGCAUUUGGAUAGCCAACAAUUUUUGAACGACCUCAGACAUGACAUUGAAAAGAAAAUAGGCUUUGAUGCUAUUAUGAGAGUUCGUACCAGCACAGGCUUUAGAGCCACUGAUUUCUUCGGUGGAAUUUUUAUGAACAACACCACAGACGUGGAAAUGGCUGCCAUCGACUGUGACAAGGCCGUGACUGUGGAGUUCAAGCACGAUGACAAGCUGAGCGAAGACAGUGGCGCCCUCCUCCAGUGUGCUGUGCUUUACACGACCAUUGGUGGCCAAAGAAGACUUCGGAUUCACAAUCUCGGCUUAAGCUGCAGCUCCCAGUUAGCCGAUCUUUAUAAGAGCUGUGAGACGGAUGCCCUUAUCAACUUCUUUGCCAAGUCAGCCUUUAAAGCAGUUUUACACCAGCCUUUGAAGGUCAUCCGGGAAAUUUUGGUGAAUCAGACUGCCCACAUGCUGGCAUGCUACCGAAAGAACUGCGCGAGUCCAUCUGCUGCAAGCCAGCUUAUUCUCCCAGAUUCCAUGAAAAUAUUGCCAGUGUACAUGAAUUGUUUAUUAAAAAACUGUGUGCUGCUCAGUAGACCAGAGAUCUCCACGGACGAGCGGGCAUACCAGAGGCAGCUGGUCAUGACCAUGAGCGUGGCUGACUCACAGCUUUUCUUCUAUCCGCAGCUUCUGCCAAUACACACACUAGAUGUGAAGAGCACGACGUUACCUGCUGCUGUGCGUUGCUCCGAGUCUCGCCUUUCAGAAGAAGGUGUGUUCCUCCUGGCCAAUGGCCUGAACAUGUUCCUGUGGCUGGGCGUAAGCAGCCCACCAGAACUGAUCCAAGGAAUAUUUAAUGUGCCGUCCUUUGCACAUAUCAACACAGACAUGACAUUGCUGCCUGAGGUGGGAAGUCCACACUCUCACCAACUCAGAAUGAUAAUGAGUAUGAUCCAGCGAAAGAGGCCAUACUCAAUGAAGCUCACAAUAGUAAAGCAGAGAGAACAGCCAGAAAUGGUUUUUCGACAGUUCCUGGUAGAAGACAAAGGACUUUAUGGAGGAUCAUCUUACAUGGAUUUCCUUUGUUGUGUUCACAAGGAAAUAUCUCAGCUGCUUAACUGAAUCAUCUCCACUGUCGAUGUUGCAUUUCUAAGGAGACAAUCUCCUUCCUGGUGCCUAAUUUUGCCAAUGAGAAAAGGUUAAUUUUCUUUUCCUGAUCAUUUUCAGAAUAGCUUUCCAAGAUGGCAUUUAGAACUUCAGCUUUGGUGCUAAGGUAUAGAGCCAAUGAAGGUACAGUUGUACCUAAAGAGAACAGCCUUUUUCUGACUGCACAAUUUUUAAUCUCUAAAACUGACUGAGUUUGCAUUUCCUGAACAGUAUAGUGUCUUAGUCCCUUUCUUUGUUGCUGGGACCAGAUACCCAACACCCACCACUUAAAGGAGGGGAGGCUUAUUUUACUGUCCACAACCGUGGUCAGCUCCAAGGCCAAAGCAGUAUGUGGAGGGGCACAGUGAAGGAAAGCUGCUUAAGUCAUGGUGGCCAGGAACUGGAGAGUGAAGCGAAGAGCCGGGGCGAGAUACACCCUUCGGAUCAUGUGCCCAGUGACCCAUCUUGUCCAGCCGGCCCACACCUCCUCACAGCAGGCCAGCUCAGAACCCAUCAGUCAGAACCCAUCAGUGGACCAAACCCCGUGAUCUAGUCACCUCCCAAACAUGACUUUCCGGGGGCAUUUUACAUUCAAACCAUAAUAUAUACUUUACACUCUCAAUGUUUUUUCUUUGUCUUAGACAUAUAAAUUAUUUUUCAAACUGUAUAGAUUUGAGGUACAAAGUUGUCUUGGUUCCACUCCCAUUUGCCAUGAGGGAGAACACAAAUGUUACAGAAUACCUGAUUUUUAAAACGUAUCAAUCCAUUGAACACAUUUUCAGUCUCAAGUUUGCAUAGCAAACUUUUGGUAAGCUUGGAAUCUGAUAGAACAAUUUUUGUUCUACUUUGUCUAUGUCAAAACUAUUUUCCAGUUGUUUGGUCUAUAAAAUUGUCUUUAUCAAUAUUCAUAAUAGCUCUUUGUACAAUUUUACAGUUUCUACUUGUAUAUAAUGGAUCUUAACCAGUAUCAAUAAAUCACUUCAUAUACAC